AUGAUGCCACGAUGCUGCAUCUUGGUUCUUGCCUGGGGGAUAACAGUCUUCCUCUCCCAGUGUUCAAACGGAACUACAGAUGCUCCUGUUGACUCUGGACCGUGGCUGUGCCACCCGGCGCCCAGGUGUGGGAACAAGAUCUACAACCCUUCGGAGCAGUGCUGUUACGAUGAUGCCAUCUUGUCCUUAGAGCAGACCCGUCGCUGUGGCUCCAACUGCACCUUCUGGCCCUGCUUUGAGCUCUGCUGUCCCGAGUCCUUUGGCCCCCAGCAGAAGUUUCUUGUGAAGCUGAAGGUUCUGGGUACCAAGUCUCAGUGUCACUCAUCUCCCAUCUCCCGGAGCUGUAUCGGGUAA